AUGAAUUUAUCAUUGGCGAAAUUGUUGAAAGAGCUACAAGCGGCAGAAUCUAUUAUCAAACAGCAAACUCCAGUUGUGGCACUGAAUGUUGAGAAAGUUUCGGUUUCUAAGUCGAAAGGUGGUAAGAAAAAGAAGAAGGCUCAAAAAGUUUUGGCACCUGGAGAUGCGGGUGGUGUGAAAAAACUCAAAGAAAAGUGCUAUCAUUGCAAGCAACCUGGGCAUCACAAAAAGCAAUGCCCUGCCUAUCUGGCAAAGUUGAAUAAGCAAGGUUUGGGUUGUCCAGCACAUGUGUUGAAAGGGAAAGCGGAUAAAUUGGAAUCGAGAAUAGAAGUAUGCAUAUUCAUUGGAUAUCCAAAAGGAACUAAAGGAGGUUUGUUUUAUUGUCCCAAAGAAAAGAAGGAAGAAGUUAAUGAUAUCCCAGCACCACAAGGUAUGGAGGAUAACAUUGAAGCUUCAGUUCCGGAAAAUGAUGUUGUGAUUCAACAACAAAAUCCAACUGCACACGUAGUGACUAGUCGUAGUGGGAGAAUUAUUAAAAAACCUCUCCGGUUUGCGCUCUUGGGAGAAUCUUAUGAUAGAAUCCGUGAAGAACCUAAUACAGAACCUCUUAAUUAUGACGAAGCACUACAGGAUACAGACGCUGAUAAAUGGGUUGUUGCUAUGAAAUCUGAAAUAGAGUCCAUGUACUCCAAUCAAGUCUGGGAUCUUGUAGAACUACCUACUGGAGUCAAACCCAUUGGUUAUGAUAUUUUGCUCAAUGGAAAUAAUGUGAGCAUGUUGAAUUUAGUAAAGGAAUGGUUGUCCUCGCGUUUUGAUAUGAAAGACUUGGGACAAGCGGCACAUAUCCUUGGGAUCAAGCUUAUGCGAGAUCGCAAGCGAAGGAUAUUAGGCUUAUCCCAAGCACUUUAUAUUGAUACUAUUCUCACCAGGUUAAGCAUGCAAGAUUCCAAGAAAGGUUUUCUCCCUUUUAGGCAUGGAUUCUUUAUGUCAAAAAAUCAGUCCGCAAAAACGACUGAUGACACAGAAAAGAUGAAGGUGGUCCCUUAUGCUUCUGCUGUAGGGAGUCUCAUGUAUGCUAUGCUGUGUACUAGACUUGAUAUCUGCUUUGUUGUUGGCAUGUCAGAUAGUGAUUCUAGAAAAUCCACCUCGGGAUAUAUUUUUACCUUAGGAGGUGGAGCCAUAAGUUGGAGGAGUAUCAAGCAAUCAUGUGUUGCUGAUUCCACCAUGGAAGCCGAAUAUGUGGCUGCAUCUGAGGCAGCUAAAGAAGUUGUUUGGCUCGAGAACUUUCUAAAAUAG